AUGGAGUUGCUUAAGUUAUCAUAUGAGAUAGAGAGGCUGGGAGAUAUUGUGGACGAGAGGAAGCGUCUGGUAGAGGCGUUAAACAUACGUCCCUCUAGUAAUGAUAAUGUCAUUUUGAAAACACAGAUGGAUAAGAUUCUAGGGUUGCUGCAAGAAUUGGCAAAGACUGCAUCUGAACUUAAGCCAACCGAUUUUGAAACGUUGAAGGAUCGUAUUGUUGAAUAUAAUAGUUUGCUGAGUGAUAGACUUGCUGACGAUGACUCCUCAAUUGAUAAGACAUUAUAUCUGUUCCAAGCUCAGAUAACGCCGGGGAAGAGCAAGAAGAAGAGUAGCAACAGCAGCGAUUCGAGUAGUCAGGAAUCCAGUAAGAGAGUGAGGUUUAAAGACGAGAUCAGUUACAACGAGUCCCCUCAGUACGGUUUCCAACCGUACCACGAUUACGAAGAAGAUGAAGAAGAAGCAACAAUAUUCAAUACCCCAUUGGUCUCCAAUGAAGAACUGUUUGCCUCCCAGAGGCAGCAGCUCGAUGAGCAGGAUUCUCAUUUAGAUUUAUUAUCUGCAUCCAUGCAAAGGACACACGGUUUGUCUUUAGAUAUCAAUAAAGAAGUGACAGAACAAAACACAGACGUCCUGGCUGACCUAGAAAACAUGGUGGAUUCAAGUGGCAGAAAUCUGGAGAGAGCCCAGAGAAGACUUCAAAUUUUCACCAAAACUGCAAGAGAAAACGGUCCCUGUGCAACCAUCGUUUUGCUUUCAAUCAUACUGUUCUUUCUACUGAUAGUCCUAUAA